UUUUUAUGAAUCUAUUUCGUAUUUCAUGGGACGCACCCUCAUUUCUGGUUUAAAAACACAACUCGCCGAACUUAAAUCUAGACUCAAAUCGGCAUUCUUCGUUCCAAACCCAAGCAUUUUCCUCUCUUCCAGCAGCAAUUUUCAAUACGCGUGGCCCCGUAGUGUCCGAUCUCUUUCACGGUGAAUUUAAGGAAUUCCUAUACUUUCACCAGGAAGCGCGUAUUUACUUUUUGAACUCUCAUUAUUCAAGAAUUAUGGACGUGGAUGAGGAAAAUACAGUCUCUGCUUCAGUUGCUGAUUCUUCCACUGUUGGGGCUGAUGAUCAAAAUGUUGUUCCAGCUAUUGAUACAAUUUCUCUUCAACCAGUUCAACCCAUAGUUGCACCCCCUAUCACAACCCCAGCUGUGCCUUCCAUCGCUCCAUUACCUGCUGUUCAUCUUCCAGUCCCUCGGCCAUUGGCACCACUCCCUGUUCGCCCUCCAAUUGUCAGGCCACCUUUGGCGCAGAAUGGAGACCCGAGGACUAGUGACUCUGAUUCGGAUGAAGAUGAGUCGGGAUCUGGUCAUGCUCCUGCAGGUGAAUCUCUGGAAUACGAGAUCUCAGAAGAGAGCAGAAUAGUUAGAGAAAGGCAGGAGAAAGCAAUGCAGGAACUUCUGAUAAAGCGUCGUGCAGCUGCUUUGGCAGUUCCCACCAAUGAUGGAGCUGUUCGAGCUCGUCUCCGACGGCUUGGUGAACCUAUAACUCUUUUUGGAGAAAAAGAGAUGGAGAGACGGGAUCGAUUGCGGAUGCUCAUGGCAAAGCUGGACUCUGAGGGCCAGUUGGAGAGGCUGAUGAAAGCUCAUGAGGAUGAAGAAGCCGCUGCCACUGCACCUACUGAGGUGGAAGAAGAUAUCCAGUAUCCCUUUUAUACGGAAGGGUCCCAAGCACUUUUAGAGGCCCGCAAAGAGAUUGCAAAGUAUUCUAUUCUGAAGUCAACAUUACGGCUCCAUCGAGCAAGAAGGAAACAAGAUGAUCCAGAUGAGGAUUUGGAUGCAGAGAUAGAUUGGACUCUGAAGCAAGCAGCAAGUCUGGUCCUAGACUGCAGUGAGAUUGGCGAUGAUCGGCCUCUUUCUGGAUGCUCAUUUUCACAUGAUGGGAAGAUGCUUGCUACUUGUGCUCUAAGUGGAGUUGCAAAGUUAUGGAGCGUGCCUGAAGUAAAGAAGGUUUAUACAUUAAAGGGUCACACUGAACGAGCUACAGAUGUUGCAUUCUCUCCCACAGGUUACCAUUUGGCUACUGCAUCUGCUGACCGAACUGCAAGAUUAUGUAACACAGAAGGGUCUGUUCAGAGAACAUUUGAGGGACAUUUGGAUCGUCUUGCUCGUAUUGCCUUCCAUCCAUCAGGAAAAUACUUGGGCACAGCUAGCUAUGACAAGACUUGGAGGUUAUGGGAUGUAGAGACUGGUGAAGAGUUGCUUCUCCAAGAAGGUCACAGCAGGAGUGUAUAUGGAUUAUCUUUUCACCGUGAUGGCUCUUUAGCAGCUUCCUGUGGACUUGACUCUCUUGCUCGUGUGUGGGACCUAAGGUCUGGGAGAAGUAUACUUGCCCUGGAAGGCCAUGUUAAGCCAGUACUUGGUGUCAGUUUUUCUCCCAAUGGCUAUCAUUUGGCUACUGGUGGUGAAGACAACACUUGCCGCAUAUGGGAUUUGAGGAAGAGAAAAUCUUUAUACAUAAUACCUGCUCAUUCUAACCUUAUAUCUCAGGUCAAAUUUGAACCUCAAGAGGGAUACUUUCUGGUUACUUCUUCAUAUGAUAUGACAGCUAAGGUGUGGUCAUCUAGAGAUUUUAAGCCUGUAAAGACACUAUCUGGUCAUGAAUCAAAGGUUACGUCACUUGAUGUUAUUGGAGAUGGACAAUGCAUUGCAACUGUUUCACAUGAUCGUACGAUCAAGCUUUGGUCAAGCAAAGAUGAUGAGAAAGAGAAGACAAUGGAUAUUGAUUAACAAGACUGCCGCUUGAUUGAGGAAGGCUACAAGGUGAUUGAACUGCUUUCUUUUUAAUAAGCAAGCAACGUUUUGGAUCUCCAGGAACGGCCUCAAUAUGGUAGCAUCGCCUGGUAGCUCUAGUUUAUUGCGAGAUGAAUGAACCUCCUGUUUGAUAGUCAAAAUUGUAACUAGUAAUCUUCUCUUACUAAGAUUGAAUAGUUAUGAAUUCUUAUUUCACAGCCAUGGUGUGAACAGAGUAUGAACUAAUUUAACAACUCUUUUUUCUUAUCAGAUUCUCA